UCCGAUUUGAAGAGUGUGUUUUAAGGAGGGGGAUGGCUCAAAAUUUCCCAAACGGAUUGACUUUGUUCCAUAGGAGAAUCUAUAAGCUUGUGGAGGAUCCUGCAACGGAUCCACUAAUCUCAUGGGGCAAAGACAACAACAGUUUCGUCAUUUGGAAUCUGGAAGAGUUUAUUCGCAGAGACAUCGUUGACAAGUUUGAUUGCGGCAAAUUCUCAGAGUUUCGCUCUGAGCUUAGGCAUUAUGGCUUUAGAAGAAUCAAGAAGGGAUCUGGGGAAUUGGAAUUCGGACAUGAAGAUUUUGUGAGAGGCCAUCCUGAGCGUUUGAAGGCGAUGAUGCUCAAAGCUUUUAGGAAGAACAGGGCGAGAUUUUUGGCUCAAGAAGCACAAGAGGAAAUGCAACGUUUACAGAUUUGAUCAGAAUCAUCCGUC